AUGACCGGACCCGCGCCGCGCCCGAUGGUACCGCCGGAAUGGCGUCUGCGUCUCGGACUCGCCCUCCUGGCGACGGUCCUCGCGGCGGGCGCCUGGGCGCUACGCGAUGCGGUCGAUCCCCGCCUCCGCGCGUUGGCCGGGCUGGUCGCGUUUCUCGCGGUGGCCGGGGCCUGUUCGGCGCGUAUCCGGUCGGUGAACCUGCGGAUGGUGGCCAGCGGCCUCGCGUUGCAGGCAGGGUUCGGCUGGCUGGUCCUCAAAGGCGAGGUCGCCGGUGUGCGUCCCGCCUACGAGUUCUUCGCCGGCCUGGCCGCGGUCGUGACGCAGUUUCUGGAGUUCACCAAUGCCGGGUCGCAGUUCGUGUUUCGGGGUGCUGGCGGACCAGGAGCAGAUGGCAGAGGCGUUCCCCAACGGGUCGUCGUGAAGGUCAUGGCCCGCGUAAUGGCGAAGGUCAUGGGCACGAGCGGCGCCGAGAGCCUGUCGGCCGCCGCGAACGUGUUCCUCGGGCAGACCGAGGCGCCGAUCGUCACCCGCCCCUACAUCGCGGGCAUGACGCAGUCUGAGCUGCUGGCGCUCAUGAUUGGCGGCAUGGCCACGAUCGCCGGCACGGUCAUGGCGAUCUACAUCAGCCUGGGCGCCGACCCCGUCGCGAUAUCCUGCUGCCGGGAAACGGAUACACCGGCCACGAUCGGCACAGUACGGAUGACGGUCGAGAGCGACCAUGUCAACGUCAUCGACGCGCUGGCGACCGGUGCAUCGGACGGGACACGGCUGGCGAUCAACGUGGCCGCCAUGCUGAUCGCCUUUCUCGCGUUUAUCGCCAUGUUCGAUUUCGUGCUCGGCCUGUUACACCCGAGCCUGAGUCUGGCGGCGAUCUUCGCGGUGUGCUUCGCGCCGGUGGCGGCGCUGCUGGGCGUGUCGUCCGCCGAUCUGCCGGCGGUGGCGGACCUGCUGGGCACCAAACUGGCGACCAACGAGUUUGUCGCCUUCAUCCAGCUCAACGAGACGUAUCUGGGCACGGUCAGCGAGCGUACGCGUGUGGUCGCCACGUUCGCGCUGAGCGGGUUCGCCAAUGUCGGGUCGAUCGGUAUUCUGCUGGGCGGCAUCGGUGGACUCGCGCCGUCGCGGCGCGCCGACCUGGCUCGGCUGGGUCCGGUGGCGCUGCUCGGGGGGUUUCUGGCGACCCUCAUCAACGCCGCCAUCGCCUCGAUGCUGUUGUAG